ACUGUCACUGAUUUGUGUCGUGUAUGUAUCGAGAUUUCAUCGGAAUUUGUGAUUUAUGCACAAGUAAUUUUGACGGACGCGUCGUGUGUGAGAGUCAAAAUAAAAUAUUGUGACAUUUUAUCAUGUGAGUGAUGAGUUGUACCGAAAAUGAAAGUGGACCUUUUGUGGUAUUCUUCCUACCAGCGCUUGUGGGCUGUCUGACCAUUUUAUUGGCUAGGCGCUGGGCUAAUUCGCAAGUUAGCAACACAUCGUCCACAGCAGUUUCUAGACGACGAAAAAUUAUCAAAGAUCCCCUUGUAAAGCGGCCUUUGCCGCCGAUUGCAUGUAAAAUGGCUCCUCCGGGGGCAAAGAAAGCCACUGGUGUUGCAAAAAAGGGGACAGUACCUUUACUUGAAGAAGAUGUGAACGGUGGUGGAAAAAAAAUGUCACGUACCCCUCGAAUAUCACCAACUGGACCACCAUCAGGUUCUCUCGGAACAGAUACUAAGAUGUCGGAUGGUAUACUUCAACCAAAACAUAUACCAUUCCCAUAUAUUCCUCAAGAUAGUGAACUUCUGUUUGAGAUUAUGAAUUUUGUCUUUACGCUUGUGGCAACAGGAUUACAGUUUCUUAACUUGUACAGGACAGCUUGGUGGUUACCACAAUCUUAUAAUAAUCAGGCAAUGAACUUUUAUUUGAUAGAUCCGCACUUGGUGGCAUUUAUAGUCACGAUUUUAAGUCGAAGGUUACUCUUAAGUAUAACAUUGGCUGUGUUGAGACAAUUCAUUGAUGCUAAGUUAAUGCCUCAUGCUACAAUCGCUGCGAGAACAUUUAUACUGGGCGUCAUUUUAGGAUCCCUGGCAUGGUGUAUAUAUUUCAUUGCACAUAAAUAUGUAUUCCUGGUGACUGUUUAUCUAUUUUAUCCAGUGGUGUUGUACUUCAUAUUGUUUGGUUUUGAGUCAAGUCCAUUCUUGGAGUUAGUGAGUGGGAAUCCUCCGCUGCACUCUUGUUCUCAUGAGCCGCAGCAUGCUCGGGAUGAGGCUGACACUAUGACUGCAGACUUCAAUAUGAGAUUAAUCAGAAUACUGUUUAAUUCACUAAUAGAAGCGUAUUACACUAGUUUUAUACCUUGUUGUUUCGCGCAGUCGUUCCUGUACUACGACAUCUACGCGGCGAGCCAGCAGGUGGGGCUAGUGCUGUGCGCGCUGUGCGGCCGCUACAGCGCGCAGCUGUUCAGCGCCGCGCACUGCGACGUGUCGCACCGCGCCGCGCUGCACCUCGGCCGCUGGCAGCCCGCGCCCGCGCCCGCCCCCGCACACGGGUCUGAGAGCGAGGCGUGGUGCGGUGCGCGGCGCUGGGCGCGGGGCGCGCGCGUGCGGGUGGUGGGGGCGGGGGGCGCGGAGUUCGUGGCGGACGCGCCGCUAGUCGCCGCCAACCCCGAUGACAACCACCACGCCAGGUUCUAUGACCUAUUCAUAAACCCGGCAUCGUUUCUGUGCAUGCUGGUAAGUCUUCAAUUAGGUUUGGUUGUUAUUCAAUUUUAUUUACUUUUUAAUUCCAUAGCAUGGCACAACUUUAUGGCAAUAAUUUUCCUACUUUUCAUAGAUUAUUACACAUUGUUCAAACUAUUUAGAGAUUACGCUGUAUGUUGUAAAGUGUAUAGAGCUGAAAAUAUAAUACACGACAAAAAUGGCCCGGUUUUAGCAACAAAUUGAAUAGUUUUCCUGUGACCCAUUUUUUUUUGCAUUUCACUAGACUUAAGACCUGUCCCACUACUGGCUGAUAGAGACUCAGAUAGCCUAAAAACGU